GUGACUGAGCAGUCGAUGAACUUUGUCCUGCAGGACAGAGGCGGUCUGAGUCGUCCUUCAAGUGGAGACGCAGCGAGCAGCUGCUUCAGUCUCUCUCUUCAUGUUUUAGGUGAAACUUAAAGUGUCAUCAUGGCAGAAAGGAGAGUGGCGGUGACAACAGCAGCUGAGCCCGACUUCCUGCAGUUUAAUGACCUGGCCUGUGAGGUGGUCGGCGGGAAGGUUAUUUUUGCUACAGAUGAAUGGUUCGCUCCUGCUGCCAACCUGCUGAAGAGAGAGCCACCGCAGUUCAUCCUGUCAGCCUUCACUGAGUUUGGGAAGUGGAUGGACGGAUGGGAGACGAGGAGGAAGAGGACAACGGGUCAUGACUGGUGCAUCAUCCAGCUGGGAGUACCAGGACGAAUCUAUGGUUUUGAUGUCGACACGUCCUUCUUCACUGGAAAUCACUCACCUCACAUCUCCAUCCAGGCCGGCUGUCUGGGUUCUUCACCAGACAAACCACCGACCUUCAGCCUGGACGGAGACCGAACCGGCAUGGCCGCCUCCGACAUUCAGCUGGCUGCUGUUGCCAAGCUGGGCUCUGAGGCGUGGCCAGAGCUGGUGUGUGUGUCGGAGCUGAAGCCUGGAUAUUCUGACUGCUGCCAUAAUCACUUCAAGGUCAACUUCAACCACCGAGUCACACACCUGCGCCUGAACAUGCACCCAGAUGGAGGGAUAGCCAGGCUGCGGGCGUAUGGUGUCGGGCAGAGAGACUGGUCAUCUGUCUCCUCCCACCAGGAUGUCGACCUGGUGGCUUUGCCCAAUGGCGGAGUCUGCCUUGGCUACAGCGACGCCCACUUUGGGCAUCCACGCAACAUGAUUGGUCUUGGCCGAGCCGUGAACAUGGCCGAUGGCUGGGAGACGGCUCGCAGGCUGGACAGACCAAAACACCUGAAGGUGGACCAGCGAGGCAUCCUGCAGGUCCCCGGCUCGGAGUGGGCGGUGUUUCGUCUCGGUCAUCCCGGAGUGAUCAGCAGCGUCGAAGUCGACACCAACCACUUCAAAGGUAACUUCCCGGACUCUUUCAGGAUCGAGGUUUGUUCUCUGACUGCUGAGGAGGAAGCUCAGUGCAUCAGGAGCAAGUGGAAUUCUGGGAAAUGGCAGGUCCUUCUUUCCCCUCAGAAACUUCGUCCUCAUCACAGACAUCUGUACAGCCAGUCCAAGCUCACUCUCAGCUCACCUGUCACUCACGUCCGUCUCAUCAUCAGCCCUGAUGGAGGAGUCAGCCGGCUCCACCUGUGGGGUCGACCCACGGCCAAUCAGAAUAGACUGGCAUCCAAACUGUGAUGCUGUGAACACUCGGAGAGGAUUUAAAGUUUGUGAUCUGUGACUGAUGAUGUUUGAGAAAUAAAACAGGUGGAGACUCGA